GUUUUUGUACAUGUGUAGCUACAGUGAAAAUCCAUCCAAAUGAUGACCCCUAACAGAUAAUAGAUCGUUGUCGUUUUGUCAUACAUUAUCUCUAUAGAACAAACCGUUUCUGUUCGAACUAGUCGACUCGUUAUCCUCGUGUGAUGAGACGUGUUCGUGUAACUUGGCUGUAUAAAACUUUUGCUUUUUUAAACAAUUAAAAAAACAAUAUGGCCGCCCCUAGACGUGUGCUUGUCAUCUACACUGGCGGGACUUUUGGAAUGUUAAAAAAUGAAAAAGGAGUGCUGGUGCCACAGAAGAACAUAGAAAAAGUUAUAAGAGGAUUACCGCAGCUUCACGACAAUGAAUAUUGGAAGAAACAUUUAGCUAACACUGAAAUGAAAGAAUAUUUAGCAAUUCCAGAUGGUAAAGACACUGAACAGAAAAUAUUUUAUAAAAUUCAUGAAUACGAUGAAUUGAAAGACUCAUCAGAUUUCACCAUCGACGACUGGUUGAAAAUGGUCAGAGAUAUAAAAAGAUUCUAUCACGAGUACGACGGUUUCGUGGUACUUCACGGCACUGACACGACGGCAUAUGGCGCGUCCGUACUGUCCUUCAUGUUGGAGGUCGUCGGGAAGACUGUCGUGCUUACCGGUGCUCAGGUGCCGAUAUUUCAGCCGCGCAGUGACGGCAACAACAACUUCCUAUGUGCAGUGCUCAUUGCAGCUACGCAAUACAUACCAGAAGUCACAGUGUUCUUUGGAGCGAAACUCUUCAGAGGAUGCAGAGUAAAAAAAGUUUCGAAUACUCGCAUUUACGCGUUCGAUUCUCCAAACUUUCCGCCCUUACUGGAGGCGAAGACUACCUUAGAUAUUGAUCCUCGCAUGCUGAUCCAUCCGCGAGGGUCCGUGCCUGACGUGUGCAGGAUUCACGACAAACUGUCCACCAAAGUCUACGUACUCAAAGUCGCACCAACAAUUACUCCAGAACUUAUAAGAGCUGUUUUUAACGGCAUGGAGGGUGUUGUAUUGGAGACAUACGGCAAUGGAAACAUACCGAUAAAACGUAAAGAAAUCUACAAAGAAAUCGAGCGCGCGGUAAAGAACAAUGUGCUGGUUGUGAAUGUGACUCAGUGCAUCAACGGCACUGUGCUGGGGAAAGCUAUCUAUGAAACUGGAUUGUUGCUGGUGGAGUGCGGCGUAGUGCCGGCAUUCGACAUGACGGCGGAGGCGGCGCUCGCCAAACUCUCCUACGUACUCACCAAAACUGAACUCAGUUAUGCGGAAAAAGUUGAGUUAAUGAAGACGAAUAUACGAGGAGAGUUGUACAAUCCUGCACAUUCCACUUAACGAUGUUUAAAUUAGAAUAAAAUCUGUAUUA